AUGUUCCACCUCUUCUCCCACUGCUGGUCGUGGUUGCAAGCCAUACAGGAGCCCAUCAGAAAGGUGACCCUCCUUGUCGUGGGGCUGGACAAUGCAGGGAAAACCUCUGUCAUCACGGACAUAGAGAAAGCACUGGCCGGGGAGGUGCUGCCCGACGCACAGCCCGGCCAGACCCGCCUGCGGGUGGACAGGUUCGAGGUGACGCUGGUGGAUCUGCCCGGGGGGCAGCGAUCCCGCAGUUCCUGGCGCAGCCACUACAGCGGGGCCCACGGGCUCCUCUUCGUCCUGGACUCCAGUGACCUGGCACGGAUGGAGGAGGCCCGCAAGGUCCUGAGUCGCGUCCUGAGCCAUCCCGACAUCUCCGGGAAGCCUCUCCUACUGCUGGCCAACAAGCAAGACGCGGCGGCCGCGCUGCUGCCCUGCGAGGUGAUCGAGCGGCUGUGCCUGGAGCGGCUGGUCAACGAGAACCGCUCUCCCUGCCGCAUCGAGCCCUGUGUCGCCAAGCGGGGCCCCCCCGCCGGCCCGGCCCGUGCCACCCUGCAGGGGCUGCGCUGGCUCCUCCGCGCUGCCGCCGCCCCGGCCCCGCCGCCCGCCGAACCCGCACCGCCCGCCCCGAGGGCCGCCCGCGCCCGCCGGUCCGCCCGCAGGGACCGGCCGCGCCCAGGGGAGGAUGCUCGAGAAGGUGCGGGGAAGAACGGGGACAACCGGCCGCUGCGCCCCGUCUGCCACCUCCUGCCCCUGGAGGAGAGCACUAAGGGCACCAGGAGGAGGAAGAAAAAGGUAAAGGUGAAGAAGAAGGGCUUGGGGCAGCCGAGCCCAGCUGAGGAGCUGGAGGGACCAGGAGAAGGGGGUGACAGACAUGCGGGGGCCGCUGGGGGGCUGCUGCUCCCCAACAGGGUCGGGCAAGAGGAGCCUGUGCCCACCAGGAUGGCCACACCCCACCCAGUGCAGGGCAUGAAAAAGAAAAAGAAGAAGAAAAUCAAGAAUAAAAUUAAGUCGCAGGAAUCUUCUGUGGAGCAGCAGCAUGAGGAGGUCUCAAGCACCUUUGACUUGUACCGCCGGGCGAUGCUGGCUCUGAAGAUGAGGCAGGAGCAGAGGAAGCAGCCAUCUGCCAUCACCCCCUGA